AUGGUAAAUGCGACCGUAGGGCACGAACUCCUCAAUUUCAUGGAUGCCUUCUCGGGAUAUAACCAGAUUCUGAUGCAUCCGAACGACCAAGAGAAGACAGCCUUCAUCACGGAGAGGGGAACCUACUGUUACAAAGUAAUACCGUUUGGACUGAAGAAUGCCAGGGCUACCUACCAACGUCUGGUUAAUAAAAUGUUCUCUGACCACUUAGGAAAGACCAUGGAGGUGUACAUCGAUGACAUGCUCAUCAAAUCCCUGAUUGCCGAACAACACCUUGACCACCUUAGCCAGGCAUUCGCCGUUCUCCGGAAGUACAACAUGAAGUUGAACCCAAACAAGUGCUCAUUCGGCGUCUUGUCAGUAGAGCUUAGUGAGUUCGAUAUAGUCUACCAAUCUCGUACCGCCGUCAAGUCCCAGGCACUGGCAGACUUCAUUGCUGACUUCACACCAAGCGCCACCACCCAGGCUGAAAGAGAAUUACUAUGCAUGAACGGCGCACCACCCUUAAAGUGGACUCUCCUAGUAGACGGAUCGAGUAAUGUCAAUGGAAGCGAACUCGGAAUAGUACUGAUCACACCAGAGGGAGACAUCAUCCAGCGAGCAAUCCAGUGUGGGUUCAAGUGCAUGAAUAACGAGGCCGAAUAUGAAGCCCUCCUAGCUGGACUUUCCUUGGCCAGAGAAAUUGGAGCCAAGAGGCUAGAAGUGAAGUCGGACUCCCAACUUGUAGUCAAUCAACUACAAGGCAUGUAUCAAGCACGUGAUUCAAAAAUGACAUCCUAUUUGAGCAUGGUCAAAGAGCUACAGGCUGAAUUCGAAGAGUUCUCAAUCUGGCCAGCCAACUGGAAGGAAUCACCACCAAACAAGUCUCCCGUAGAGGCCAUGGGCGUUGAACAAGCUGACUACUGGAUGACCCCGAAAUAA